UGAGUGAUGUCGUGGCGUUUGUGGGGUGAUAGGUGCCGGCAGAGUUCUUAGAGGGGAAUCCCCUUCUCUGGCCGAGUGUCGCUUGAAGAGGUUUCGUCAGACCCCCCCCCCUCCCGCGCACAGAGGGGGCAGCGCACGGACCGCAAGGAUGAGGCGGGCCGGGCUGACUGAAGGAACAGCUAGUGGCAAUUACGGCUAUGCCAAUAGUGGAUACAGUGUCUACGAGGAAGAAAAUGAAAGGUUAACUGAAAGUUUGCGUUCAAAAGUCACUGCCAUAAAAUCACUUUCUAUUGAAAUUGGAACAGAAGUUAAACAGCAAAACAAAAUGCUAACUGAAAUGGAUAAUGAUUUUGAUUCAACGGGUGGAUUUCUUGGUGCAACAAUGGGUAGACUAAAAACUCUUUCCAGAGGAAGCCAAACAAAACUUUUGUGCUACAUGAUGCUCUUUUCACUGUUUGUCUUUUUUGUAAUUUACUGGAUUAUUAAAUUGAGGUGAUGCAGAUUCUCCCUUUAUGACAUUAUAAUUAGUGGUACCGGACUUGUAGAAAGGUCUUUCUGGAAAACGGGAAACUAUUUUUUGUAUAAACAUUAUUAACACACCUGGGGCUGUUCUGUGAAUUUCUUAGUAUUUAUCAGGCUAGAAACCUUUCUGUUAAAUAAACCCUUGUUUUCUAGGGUUCUUACAUUGAAUUUUGCUCUUGUUUGAGCACUCUGAAGACAAAAAUAGCUAUUGGGGUGGGGCAGGAGGAGAUGUCAUACAAUAUUUUUUUAACAUUGCAGAGGAACAAAAAGAGGAGGGUGUUCCUGUCUAAGAUAAAAAAUUUCCACUUUCCAGCUAUAGAUUUUUUCCCAUCAGAGUUACAGGCACAGUGAAAAGCAAUCUUAUUUAGAUUAUGCUAUGAUCACAUUAUAUUGAAUUUUUAAAAGUUUUGGACAUGAUCCAGGCAAAGUAGCCUCAUUGAGUUCAGUGGAAAACUUAAGCAUGUGCUUUUAACGUUCUCAGUGAAAUUAAUGAGGCUUCUGCUGUGCUGUGUUUUGGCUGGCUUGUGCCCACAGUGACUUGUUCAUAGUUGCAGCAGCUGGGAUUUAUCUUAACUUAGAAUUAACAAAAGGGGUUGAGAGGUAGAAGUGCUACCGCUCAGUUCCUUCAACUGCAGGUUGAUUAUUUGUGGGGAGACAGAACAGGCAUAGAUCAUCAUGAAAGCAGGCUUUUGUCAGUGCCCCCCCCCCCCGGGUCAGCACUGGGCCAGAGUCCCUGUACUUGGUUCCACUUGGUGAACGGAGAUGAUGUGCUUAGUGUCAGCACAGUGAGGUUGGUUACUCUUUUGAUAACAGCUUUGAUAUCCAGCUUUGCUGUGCAUAUCUCUGGGUUGGGGGAAAUGGCUGCAAAUACUAAGAUACAUUACCGUUUUUUAGUUUAUUGAGAUUGCUGCAUCAUGAUGACCUUACAUUUAAUUUUUUAUUCAUAUAACUGUGAAAGCAUUUUUGAAAAUAGGGACCUAUAGUAUUACAGAUUUUGUACUAAAGAAUAUUUUGCGAUGCCAGAAAAAUACCACAUGCCUUCUAAUGAGAAGCCCUACUAUACUUGUGUUGGCCACUGGUAUCCUAUUAGCCACACGGCAUGUUUUUAUGUGGCAGGUAACAAAACUAUUAUACUCCUGUUAUAGUGUAACACCAUCUUUCACAGUAUGAAGAGUUACUGUCACGC